AUGGUCUAUCCCAUAUGCUCCGCGCGAAGCGUUCACCAUUACUUUCAACUUUUCAGGUAUGAAAACGAAACAUCGGAUGCACCUCUUCGUAUUCUCCGAAUAACAUCGCCCAUCAUUUUCAUCAACUGCGAUAUUAUUCGCGAACAAAUCGAAAAGCAGGCGAUUGCUAUUGGAGGCAUGGACACAGGAGUGAAUAGUCGAUCACCAUCAAUGAGAAGUCAGCCGCUCAUCACGACACUGCAAGGAUAUCCCACUGAUCGUUCUAAGAACAGUGUGAUCGUUAUAACACAUGACUCCGAAUUUUUGCAGGCAAAUCCCCCGGAAUGGCCGCCGCUGAGAUACAUCUUACUCGAUUGUUCCGGGGUCGCAUAUGUGGAUCCUGAAGCAAUCCAAAUGCUUUCACGGGUAUAUACCGAGCUGGAUGAUGAUGAUUUCAAACUGCUAUUUGCUGGUGUUAACGCAAGAAUCCGUGAUUUCCUGGAAACAAGCAAUUUUUUCGAUGUGGUUCCACGAAGUCAUUUCUUUCCAACUUUGCAGGAAGCUCUUAGCUCACUCAGAAACGCCAACGUACCGCUUCAUACGAGCGUUUCAAUGAACGGCUAUCGUGAUGUGAUCACGUUGUCGACAGCUCCGUCAAAUAUCGACAUAUCCUGCCCUUCACCGGAGCCCGUAUGA